AUGACGGACAAUGCUCCAGUAUCCGCUGAUACCCUUAUUCAGGGCAAGGCUCAGAUCUCUUCCACUGAAGCCGCACUAAAAUAUGACGCUCUGCCCAAACUCAUACCUCACCUGGACCGCCAUCUUAUAUUUCCAUUAUUGGAGUUCAUGUCUGGCCAGCCGGAUGACGAAGAAGUUACCAGAACCAAAUAUGAGCUUCUUAAACAGACCAACAUGACAGAUUAUGUAGCAAAUCUUUGGCAACAACUCAAUGACAGUGACGAGGUACCGGAGGAAUUUACCAAGAAAAGAGAAGAAGUCCUUCAGAGGCUGUCACUAUUCACAGAGGAGACCAGCAAGAUCGACGGCCUACUCAGUGACGACAGUGUAGUCUCAAAUUUACGGAGCGAUAAGGUGGCCAAUUUGAAGUACCUCGAAUCAAAUCACGGUGUUAUGGUCGAGAAUGUGGAUAUGCUUUAUGAUUUUGGCCUCUUCCAGUAUAGUUGUGGUAGCUAUGGAAACGCCGCUCACGUUCUCGAUCAUUUUCGCAUCCUGUCAACAGACAACGACAAGGUGACUUCGGCAACAUGGGGAAAGCUAGCGUGUGACAUCCUCACGGGGCAGUGGGACAUAGUAAUGGAAGAGGUGAAUAAGGUGAAAGAAUCCAUAGAUACGAAGCUCUUCAACAACCCCUUAGCACAGCUGCAACAUCGCACAUGGCUGAUACACUGGACGCUGUUUCCAUUCUUUAAUUACGAAUCGGCUAGAGACACGAUCUCGGACCUCCUCUUCUCCCCAAGUUUCAUCAACACCAUCCAGACCAACUGUCCGUGGAUCCUUCGCUACCUCUGCGCAGCUGUUAUCACAAAUCGCAGCCGCACACGAAACACGAGCCAGUACCAAAAACAAUUAAAGGAUCUUGUCAGGGUCAUAAGGCAAGAAGGCCACGAAUAUCACGACCCGGUGACCGAUUUCAUUAAAGCCCUUUACGUAGAUUUCGAUUUCGAAGCCGCGCAGUCCAAGCUCAGCGAAGCGGACGAGAUGCUGAGAGGCGACUUCUUUCUCUCGGCGUCGAGUGACGCUUUUGUUGAGGCUGCGCGGCAUUUGAUCAGCGAGAGUUAUUGCAAGAUUCACCAGAGGAUUGAUAUUGGAGAUCUGAGUAAGCGCCUCGGACUGGAGCCUGAUGAGGGUGAGAAAUGGAUCGUAAAUCUGAUAAGGGACACGAGAAUGGACGGGAAGCUAGAUUACCAGGAGGGAACGGUGCUCAUGAAUCACCCUGCUAAUUCAGUGUAUCAGCAGGUUUGUACCUAG